UUCGUGUGUGAUACGGCAGAGGAAGACCUCCUCGUCGGGGCUCAGGUCGGCCGGAGGUUCCUGGCGGAUGAAAGCCUUCCUGUGUAGGAGCGGCAUCUCGGCGGCCGCUUGCGGAAGACAACGAGACGAUAAAGACACACGACUUCACACAACAACACACUAAAGUAGUACCGGGACCGGAACCGGACUUUCAAAAUGUCUCGAAAGGCCUCGGGAGCGCGCGGGUGUCUUUUGUUAAGACGCGUGAACGAGGCGGCCGCGUGGAGACCAACUCAUUGUGCCGCCUCUUUUCAAGUGUGACCCAGUCCAAACCCAACGGAACCUCCGGUACAGGACGCACCUGUUCUGGCUCAAUAGUACAGCGACGGUUCGGUUGCCGGUUGAUCUCGUCCCGGAAUCGACAAUAAAGGCGGCACGAGAAGGCGGAAGUGCUCAGUGGCCGUCUCCAUGGAAACGCCACGCAAACUUUGCAUACGUUAUCCGGACAAGCGCGUGCACGACGCCUUCGAAGCCAAGCUUUGCUGGAUGGUGAAGAUGCCAAGGAAGAUGAAGAAAGGAGGCAGGACUUUGGAGGAGGACGAGGAGGAGGAGGAGGAGCAGCUUCUUCAGCGACGUCGGCAAGUGAAGGACCAGCAGGAAACCGGCAGAAAGAGGGAGGAGCUUCUGACGCUCUUUCUGAAGGACAAAGUUCUGAGGGAGGAGAAGAACUCGGCCGUCAAUCUUGUGAAGAUCAAUCAAGGAUGGCGAGCCGUCCUCAGCCAUGCCAGAUCAGCUGAGCUACGCCGUGACAUCGCCAUCUUGCAUCAGACAUUUGAGCGACAGCUGGACGGCCUCGAUGAUGUCAUUAAGAGCUUGACAUGUGACCUGCAGGAGGCGGAGCGUCAGUCGGCUCAGGUGCGGCGCCGUCACCUGCAGCAUGUGGAGCGCAUGCGGGCACUGCAGGACGAGCGCUUGAAGUUCGUGCGGCGCCGCUGGGAGCAAACCCUGCAACACAUCAGUGACGGCUUCGUGGCUGAGAGGAGCGACAUGAUGGCGCAGGCGGCGCAGCGUCAGGCCUGCCUGGAGGACACGGUGUUCUCGCUGGAGCGGCGUCACGAGGACGUGAUGCGUGACGUGCAUCAGGUGUACUGCGACAGCAUGGCGGCCCAUCAGAGUGCUCAACAGGACAGAGUGGUGGCGCUGCGCGGCGCGGACAUGGAAAAGCUGGCCGAGAAAAGGCGUCAAAGACAGGAAGUGGCUCAAACGGCGGAGCGUCUGAUGUCCAGCACCCAGCGUCUUGUUCAUGUGACCAACAUGGACGUGAAGCGAGUGCGGCAGCUGCAGGGUGCGGUCAUCAGCUUGAGGUCAAAGCUCAGCUCAUUCGAGACGGCGAUGGCGUCCGAGGUAAAUGACGUGACUGUCGCGAAGGUCGAGUUGAAUGAAAAGACUCGCGAGCUUCGGGAUCAUCUGACUCGAGCUCGCCAGGCGGCGAGGAAACAGCUUGCCGACCUCGCCCUCCAAUGUUCCGCCGCUGACAAGAAACUGCAGUCGGUGAUCGGCAAGGGCGAGAAGGUUCUACACGCUGCCGCCAUGUGUUGCAAGCUGGAAUGCGCUUCCUCUUCAUCAUCACAAGGCGGCGUUGGCGAGGACCUGAGGGCAGAAGGGGCGGAGCUAACAGCAAUGACGUUUCCUGAGGUGCGUCGCUUGACUCGCCGUCUCAGUGGCGCUCUGCUGCGGCGAGACGCUCUGGCCAAGCAUCACGAAGAGCUGAGGCGCGACAACCGGAACCUGAGACAUCUGGUGCGGCGUCACCUGGACGCCAUCAAGCUCAGCGGCAGCACGCUCGACGGAAGCCACACCCUGCUCACCGUGAGGGCUGUGCCGACCACGGCAAACCCCGCCCUCGGCGCCAAACGCCACACUGUCAUCGAGGUUGUCCACACCACCGAAAGCUUGCUGUGACGCCGUGACAGGAAGAGACGCUGCAGAGACAGCCACUUCCUGUCAAUCGAAAGAAUAAACAUUAGUUGGAAGACUAGAAAAAAUACUUUUAUUGUGGUAAUCAUGCAGGACACCAACAGGAAGUAGUAGUAACACGUUAAGUCGUAAACGUCAGCUGCUUGCCACGCCAAUCCCUUGAGUUGAAAACAAAAAGUGAAAGGAAACAAGCCAAUCAGAAGGUGGCGUCGCUCCAGGAGGCCCCUGAUUGUUUUCUCUUAACUUUCUUAGAAGGACUUAAAAAAAAAAAAUGGUGGCCACGAGCAGCAUGGCUCCUCCCCCCUGUCGACUAUGUCAACGGGAGAGGGGCGUGUCAGGCCGCAGCCUCCGUUGUAAAAACACAAUAAAUAAAAUAAUCGCUGAUUGACGUUUAACUGGCAGGUGAGGCUCCGCACCUCUGUAGCUCCUCCCCUUUUUUUUUUUUUUUUACUUUUCUUUGUACUCCACAGUUCUCCUGAACAGGAAGUCGCUG